AUGGAAAUCAGUGCAGAUAACAUACAUGAUUUUGUUUUUCAACUGCUGACAACAAGCAAGAAUGCUGAGUAAGUUUAUACACUACUGAGCACAUAGAAAUUUAUACAGACUUAAGUAAAUAUUAAAUUUAUUUAUUUAGCUUUUGCAAAAAUUAAGUACCUUUUAUCAAAUGGGUUGCUUCAGAAAGAUCCACACUCCCCCAAGGGGGAAAUUUCUGCUGUCUGAAGGAAGUGGGGAGAAAAAUCUGUUUCUGAUAAUACUAAAUAGCUGGGUUGCCCAGAGGGGCGGGCAAAGGGGGCAAUUUGCCACAGGCUUAAGAGGGCCCCCAAAAGGGAAUUUUAGGGAGUGAAAGGGGCCCUCAAAAACUCCCAAGAGGGUAUUUUGUCCCGGGCCCCAAAAAAGCUCUGGGUGGCCCUGGAUAAUAGUAAAUAUAUAUUUAGGAUAUCUGAAGGGGAUAGAGAGGGGGGGGGGGAGGGCUAAUUUCCAAUUUCCCCUGUGGGUGGAGGUAUGGAUGUUUUCUGGAAUGACCCAAUAUAAGAACUACAAUCUUUAAAUCCAAUAUGAUCUUAAUUAAUGCUAAUAUUUUGGGCAUACUACAGAGCAGGUAAUCUUGAUCUGGGCCCAACCUAACCUGAAAUUCAGGCCCUAAUUUUAAAUAGGGCCUGACACAAAACUUGUCUAGACUGUGGGAUGCCCACAUGUUAUUUUUAGACAGUCAUGCAAUCUGAUUGACAAGUGUUGUAGAUUUCCACUGCACAAAAAAUUUAUAUUCUCAUGAACAUGUCUGCAGAGUGUGCAUUUUGCUUUUUAGUUAAACUUAAAAAUUCAAGGUACUUUUAUAUAAUUAAGAGUUCAGUUUCUCUAUUUAACCGAACAGCAAACAAAUAUUUAAUUAGUCUGUUCUGUGCACGGCUUGAAUGCCAAGCUUUCUCAAAGUCUCAACUUGCUGAACGCGGAUAUACUCUAACGGGCUAACAACAGCAACAACGAAAUUCUCAAUCGUACCACGAAGAAGGUGAUGUAGCUCAGAAAACACCCCUGGUUGGAAGGACCUGAUAAAUAAGACUUUUGCUGAAGCCAGUUGGCAGAACAGCAAAGACAUCUUGGCUGUCAACAACAAGCUUUCGAAUACAUUCACUAGUUUGGCUGUUCUUUCAGUGUCUUGUGUCCAAACUUCAUCAAAGAUUUUGAUAAAGCCCUUUCAAAAUACUGUUUGUUUGAUUUGUUUUCUACCAUAAAGCAUAAAAGAAAAAGAAAUUUGAUAAUGGAAUUUGAUACAUGAGUUUGACCUUAAUUAUCGCCUUGACCGAGCUAUUUUUAAAACUAUUGUUUAUGUGAACUUGCAACCAAUCAAAAUCUUUCAUGAUGCUGAUCAACCAAUCAGAUUUCCCGUCCACCAGAUGGAUGGGAAUCCCACAGUUUAGACAGGUUUUGUGUCAGGCCCUAUUUAAAAUUAGGGCCUGAACUUCCAAAUUCAUCAAUUAAACACAAAUAUAACCAAAUUCAUCAAUAUAACACAAGAAAUGCAUCAAAACUUCACAAAUGUUAUAAAAGAACAAAUUAUGCAGAACACACUCUCUCAAAUAAAGGAGUUGACGUAUGGAAUUCAUUAGAAACAAAAUUUAUAGAUAUAAAUUUCUACAGCACUUUCAAAAAGCAAAUUAAACAAUAUUUUUUACUAUACAAUGUAUAAGACAUGCUAUAAAACAUUCUGCUAUAUGACAAAAUUAAUAGUAUAUUGUAGUCUAAUUCUUAUAAGAACCCAAAUGCAUCUACAACAUUGGUAUUCACUCCUAUAAUAAAAACAAUUUCUCUUCUUUUUCUCUCUUGUAAAUAUAUUAUAUUCCUUUAAUAUUAUGAUUGACGGUAAGUAAUUUAUUACAUAAUAUAAUACAAACUAGCAUAACUAGAGACCUAAAUAAAAAGUCUACGAAGAUUUCUAGUAGGUCUCUAGCCCGCACUCUACAAUUAUUGUAAAUAUACUACACAUAAAUUUAUUGUACAGGUACAUGGGGAAAUUUUUAAAAUAUUAAAUAAAAUAAAAAUAAAUAAACUUCAGGUUAGGCCCAACCUGAUAGCCAUGAUAGGAACCCCUAAUUUGAAAGAGUGCCAAGACUUAAUUUAUAUUGGUUCAUUUUCUAAGGGGCCGUUGACAAUUACAUUUCAUCACACUUAAUGGCAAAUUGACCGGCUGCUUAAAUGUUGGGCAUAUGCUCAUUUUUUAGUACAAGUCCUCCAUGCUAAAAUGAUGAUGUCAUUACCAGCGCUGGGCCCAGCAAAAUCUUUCAGUAGCUCUGAAUCAUGGAAUAGUGAGCAUACAGAAGAUUGACUACUUAGCUUUGCCUAUGAUUUUGGUGUAACUGUUGCAAUGCUGUUGCCAUGUUCCUAGCCAGUGCACUCAGAGGCAUUCAUCCCCUGAAUGCCCUUUCAUAAGCACACUGGCUAGGAACAUGGUGAAUGCAUUUUGAUGAUGAGUCAUCAGAGAUGCCGGAACCACGGGUGCAGGUGCACCCCUUGCCUUUUGCAUUUUCAACUUUGUGGGUGCAGUGCGGGUGCAGAAUACGGGUGCACGUGAAACAUUUUCAUUAAAAUUGCAUUUUUUGCGCAAAGGGCAUUUUUGGAAAAGGAGGUCGCCAAAAAAAAUUUUUUAGAUGCCCUUUCAUUUUCAUUAGUGCCCUUUUGUUAAGGAAUAUGCCCUCUUGUUCACCAAUUGAACCCCUUGCCCUCAGCAACUUCCGGCAUCCCUGUGAGUCAUUGUGAAUCAUGGCAUGGUUAUGCUUUGUUGGCUGUGUUGACUUUCUGUAUCGUCUCUAUUCUGUGCCUGAAUAUCCACACUGCUGCAUUCAGUAGUUUUCAACAAGAUUUCUGGAGUGUGAAAGCUAAAACUCUAGUGGUAGGGGCACAGAACAGUUUCCAAGGCACACCAGAGUAGUGGAGAAAGUUGGAAGAUGGUUUUGACCAACUAGAUAUUAAAACAGUGAGAAUCAAUAAGAGUUUAGUUUGGAGAAAGUUGGAAGAUGGUAUUGACCAACUAGAUAUUAAAACAAUGAGAAUCAAUAAGAGUUUAGUUUGGAGAAAGUUGGAAGAUGGUAUUGACCAACUAGAUAUUAAAACAAUGAGAAUCAAUAAGAGUUUAGUUUGGAGAAAGUUGGAAGAUGGUAUUGACCCUCUGGUAUUGACCACCAACUGCAGUAUCAAUAAGAGUUUAGUUUGGAGAAAGUUGGAAGAUGGUAUUGACCCUCUGGUAUUGACCAACUGCAGUAUGGCUAAAAAUAUUUCGAUGUUUGCGAUAAUUAGAAAUCCCUGCUGCCCCUAGCAUAUUAUAAUAAAGUGUACAUGUGGCCAAUGAAUUUUUAUGAGGGAAAGUACAAAGUAAACGUAAUAUUAAUUAAGUAAACACAUCUUAUAUCAAGUUUCCAUAAAUGUUCUUGAUUUUUCCCAACAUUUUAAAUUUCCUUGGUUUUCUAAAUAUUAGGGAGGGUAAAUGCCCCAGCUGUCUUGUAUGUCUUUCCCUGCUGCCGUACAAUCCCUGACCUAUACAGAAUUUAGUUUUCCGCAUGUUUCAGUGCGUUUUUAAACUUAUUUAUACAUAAUUAUAUUUAUUAAAAACUUAGUAGGGUUUAAUUAACCCUUUUAGUGGCAAUGUGUGGUGAUUCACUCUCUGCCAGGCAAUUUUACUUGUCAACGGGAGAGUGGCACUCAAUAGGUUAAUCUUCUCCAUGUGCUCAUGAAGUGUACAGUCGUGUACAGAAGACUUGGUUGGCAAACAACCUUAAACAUAUCAGGGUAUAUAUAUUAAACUAGUGUUUGUAAUCCAAGUGAGUAUAUAUAUACAUUUUAAGACCUGACCAGGAACGACUGCGAAAAAUGCAGCACAAGGUCCUCUGGUAGGAAUUUAACCUACGGCCCUGUGAUUCCGGUGCAGCGCUUUAACCAACUGAGCUACAGAGGCCAGCUGUUGAGCUGUAACCGUAAGUUCAUGUAUAUAUAGGUGUGCGGGUUGUGAUAAGGUGGGCUUCAAUGAUCUGGUUUCUUGCACUUCACUUGGUGGUAUUAAUAUUUUAAUGCUGUUCUUAGGGUUUGUAAUCCAAGUGAGUAUAUAUAUAUAUAUACAUUUUAAGACCUGACCAGGAACGACUGCGAAAAAUGCAGCACAAGGUCCUCUGGUAGGAAUCGCAGGGCCGUAGGUUCAAUUCCUACCAGAGGACUUUAAGAAGAAUUUCGACGUUUCGAGCGAAGGCGCUUCGUCUGGAGUUACUGUACCCGUUACCCAGUAACUCCAGAUGAAGGGCCGUCGCUCGAAACGUCGAGUUUCUGCUUAUUUUUUAAGGUAGUAAUAUAACCAUUCAGCACAGCAUACCUGCAAGGUAGGGAUUGCUGCGGGCAUUAAAAGCAAAUAGAACUACAGUAAAAAGCACAUUAUAUCAAUGAUUACUCGCAGCGUCUAGUGAGCUGUGAAUGGAACUGAGAAGAAGCAAUAUACAUUGAAAUAGCAAGUGUCAUGCAAGUGUCAAGUAGGGGUGCAACGGAUUUCAAAUCCGGCCGGACUUCACCUUAAAAAAAUCACCAACAAUGGGAUAAACCAUCAAUUUGGCAGCUUUAAAGUUAAAAAAAAACCACUUAUAUUAUUAUAAAAUAUUAAGUUAUUAACAAAAAGAUGUUUAAAAAAGGUUUAAACACAAUAAAAAAUCUAAACUGACACUAACUAAAAAUAGUAAAAAACAUAAACCGUCAUUUUGAAUACUGAUUUAUCCCCAAUUGUCCCCAUUACUGGUUUAUCUCAAAUCCGGCCGGAAUUUUUGUCCAAAUCCGGUAAAUCCGGUUCCGGCUGGAUUUGAAAAUUCCAAAUCCGGUGACCAGAGGUUAAAGGGCAAUCAGAGGUGACAUACAUGUAUAUUAAACAUGUGCGUCUCAUUGAAAUACAGGAAAUUAAGGAUCAGAUUUCAUAUCAAGUCUUUUUAAUGCUAGGCGCAUCUACUGUACCACAUUCCGUGAUUAUAUAGACUAUAUACACAGAUUUAUCACACUAAGAAACCAAAACUUGAUAAAAAUAUAGAACUGAUAGUGGCCAAAGUCCAAAACAAAUGUAAGCGUAAGUUGCGUAACAUUAGACUUGAGAAAGCUUUAGAAAUUCGAUAAAAAUUCGAAGACUCGAGCGAGUUUAAAAUUUGUGUUCUGCGCAUAAAAAGCGCGCACGACCACAAUUCCAUGCGCUUAAUAAAAUUUAGUUCAAAACCCCCUCUCUGCAUAUAUUAGGCUGCUGCUACGCUCGCUCGCUUCAGGCUCGCUCGCUCGCUCGCUCCGCAGCAAUUAAUUAACUAAUCCAAGUCUUAAGCCUGGUUCACAUUGACCGGCGAUGUUCUACGAUCCAUUGUCUGUGAGCAACGAAGAAGAAAAUGCACAAAACAUUUUAUGCAUCAAUGACCACCGACAAUAGGCAUCGCCGAUGUUUACGAUCAAUGUGAACCAGGCUUUACUUCUGGUCCAUAGGGAAAUUUUUUUCUUGUAUAAUGGGAACUGAAUGCCAUUCCUCUAGUCUUUAUAGCUCUCUCCUCUGCAUAGGCUUUGAGUUGCUUAGAACAUGAAAAUCUGCGGAGGAUUGAGUCUUUUUAGUAGUUUUCCACAGUUGUCUGUAUACUUGUAUACAUCAUACAUACUUAUUUCUCAUAGUUCUCUCACAAUGCGAACUAUCAUGGAUGAGUUUAAGAAGAAAUAUGGUUUGGACUCAAUAAACAAGGAUCUGAAAUCUCAAGUCAGAGCAAAUGUUGACAAAGUGUUUGUUGAAAUAAAUGAGCAAGAAGGUAACUUGAGCCUCCAACAGUAAUGGACUAUAGCUGUUAGAGGACUAGCUGGGAGAGUGAAUUUGUGCUCAGUUCUCAAAUCUUGCUCAGAUAAUCCGGCCGGUUGUAUAAAAAAAGCGAUUAAAGUUAACUAUGAUUAAGUGCAAACGUCAUCCAAUAAGAAGCGCCUAUCUGAAAGUUAAUCACUAUUUGAAAAUAGUGAUUAAAAAAGUGAUUAAGAGUUUUUGUACAACCAGCCCCUGAGAUUUAAGUUAACGCUAAUUUACUUACAGAAUAUCAAGUUUACUAGUUGUGUGUGUGUGUGUGUGUGUGUGUGUGUGUGUGUGUGUGUGUGUGUGUGUGUGUGUGUGUGUGUGUGUGUGUGUGUGUGUGUGUGUGUGUGUGUGUGUGUGUGUGUGUGUGUGGGAGAGGUGAUUGCUGAUUACCCCUGUCCCCCCUUCCCCUAAUGUCUGCCUGUGAUCUAGAAACCAUUUGUGAUGACCAACCUCUGUAGAAACAAAAUAGUUUGGAUUUAGGACAGUUGUAUUGAAAGUGAUUUCCGGACACUUUCUAUUAAUGAUUAAACCGAAAUACUGCAACAGUACUUGCAACUGUUGAAUGAAACAAAAUUAUAACUUUUAAUGCAUAAAUAUGUUUGAAUGCGAGGUGAUAUUAAAAGUUUGCAAUGAUUAAAAUUUUGCCGUAUGUAAAUUUUGCCUGUUUUGAUUUCAAUUCUAGAUAAUGGAAAUGACAGAGAGAAGACACCUGUGAAGGCAAAUGCGCAGAAAUCUACAAAAACGAAAAAUAAACGAAAAAGGGAAGAAAGUGAAUCCAGUGAAGAAAUGAGUGGCGAAUCAUGUGAUGAGAAGGACAAAAGAAAGAAAGUAAAAAAAACAAAGAUUGAAUGCAGCGGUGAAUCAGAUGAUUUUGUGAAUGAAAGUAAGAUAUCUCAAGACAAAAACAGCAGUGGUAAGAAAUCAGUCAAGAAACAGAAAGAAAUGAAACGUAAAGGCAGGAAUGAAGUUUCAAAAAUCUUGUUUGGCGGGGAUGAGAAGAAAAGCCGAAAUGUAGUUGAAGCGAGAAGUACAGAUGAAGCGAGAAGUACAGAUGAAAGCGAGGACGAAGUGGUGUUGAUCAAUGAUGAUAAAACAUGGGAGAAUAAAAAGAAAACGAUGAAAAAUAACACGACAAAAAAUCCAAAGGACAUUAAAGGUCCUAAAGGAAAGCAAGAAAACAGUACAGAUGAAAGUGAUCAGGAAAUGUCUGUAAAGGAAAGUAAAGCAAGUUCUGGAAAGAAAAAGCAAAAAGAAAGUAAUGAAGCAAGUAAGAAUGACGGUCUUUCGGAAGAUGAUAGCUUAGUGGCUCUGAAAAGUAAACUGCAAAAAUUUGAAUAUUCAGUUGAAAACAGAGAUGAGAGUGAAGGAAGUGACAAGGAGAGAAGUAAAACGACAAAGAAGCCGAAACUAGCGAAAAGGGAAAAAGAAGUUGACAAAGCAGAUAAUACGGGGUCUUCUGAAGAUGAUUUUGCAGAAAGUUCUACAAAGGGACAAAAGAGGAAACAAAGCAAUGAAAUGGUUAAAAAUGACACAGAUGAUGACAGUGAUGACAACUUAAUGGCUCUGAAAAGUAAAUUAAAAACUUUUGAGAAUUCGGUUGAUACAAAAAAUAAUAAACAAAACUAUAGCGAUAGUGAGAGCGAUGAAAGAUGUUUAAAAAAGCCAAGUACCAAGAGUUCUGGUGAUUCGAGUUCUGGAAAAAAGAAAAGAAAAAAGAGUACUGAUGAUGACAGUUCUGAUGAGGACCGCGUGGUCAUUGAGAAAAAGAAACGCGGGUCUAAUUCUUCUGGAAAGGUUGGUGUAGGUUUUGUAGUAUAUAAAGGGAAGGUUGCGGUUAGAGGGAUAAAAAUAUUUACAGCAAAAUGUUCUAACAAAAAAAUACAUUAGACCAAAAAAAAUAUGUUGGUUUCCGGUUUCCCGACCGGAAAUGGAUCAUGCGCAUUGUAUCAUGUUAUGUUUGUAAGUGUUUCCACUAAUAGACGAAAACGUUUGUGGAAAAAAGAAAUUUGAGACAACAUUAGGGACCGGAAAUUUAUCUUUGGAUGUGGAAGCACUGACUAAACAAAAUGGCGUCCAGUUGUUAGGAAAAUUUAAAAAAAAAGUUUAAAAAAAAAGGUUAAAAUCGACCUACCCUACGUAAGUUUUUACAAGAAGUAAUAGGAAACCCACAUAUUGUUUUUGGCCUUACUAAUUAACAAUUAUUCGCCGAAGGCGAGGUGAUUAUCGGUGAAAAACCGAGACGAAGUCGAGGUUUUUAUUCACGAUAAUCACCGAGCCUGAGGUGAAUAAUUGUUUUAGUAUAAUUUCAUAGGUGAUUAUUUGGAAAAAAUAAAAAAAUGCACAUUUCUUCGUCUUUUAAUUGACAAAACGGCUUCGGCCGCCAUUUUGAAAAUCGCUUAGGUGAUUAUCGCGUAAUAAUCACCUCAACGGCAACCAAUCAGCGUGGAGAAUUUUCAAUAAUCACCACCUAUGUAAUUAUACUAAACACCCAUAUCCCGAAAAUUAAAAUUACAAAAAACUGCAGGAACUGUUUUAAUAUACAAAGGAAAAUAAUUAAAUUAAUAUUUGUUAUAAAGUGAUGGUUCAGUUUUUAGAUUGUUCUUGAAGAUAGUAAUUCUCAACGAUAUAUUUAAUAGGAAGAUCGGAAGUCAAGCCGUAAUAAAGACGACAGUUCAAAAUUGAAGGGUUUAAAACGUUAUUCAUGGAAAUGUGGAAUGCGUCUAACGUACAUCAAGUUUUUUGACGACUGUCGUUCAAUGAAGGCAAAAGAACGUAAACUGGAGAAGCACAUCAAGGAAAUAACUGCAAUUGAAGGUUUGUUCACGCGAUUUACGUCUUCAGGGUUCGUACACGUUAGGGAGAGUAAAAUUCAAGAAAUUUUCUAAGAACUUUCACGGCCAUGUGUGAGAAAUUCAAGGACUAAAGCGCUGAAAAGAAGACGUUAGAAAUAAGUAACAAACGAAGUUGUAUACAGCUAUUUCAAUUAAGGUUGUCCACGAGCAAAGCGGAAAAGUCGAAUACGAGCGUGAAAGGCUGCUGGGAAUCGCUAAUAAAUUCAUUAAUUUUUAGCGAUUCCCAGCAGCCUUUCGCGCUCGAAUUCGACUUUUCCGCUUUGCUCGGGCGACAACCUUAGUUGAAAUAGCUGUAUAACUGUUACAAACGAAGUUGUAUAUAACUGUUUAUAUGUCAGUUUGA